AUGGCUUCAUACACGGAGUCAGAGCCGGUGUUCACCAACCGAUGUGAGACCGUUGGUCUAGGCAGUGAGGCCGUGACCAAAUUGAAGGCUGCCGGAAUCAAUACACUUGCUAAGGUGGCAUUCGUUUCGUCUUACGCGCCCGGUGCUGCUUCUGAUGCCGAGCUCAUUAAAGUCCUCAACGAAGCACUCGGGAAGGAGAGUGACGCAGGCCAGAAAGCAUCCUGGCGCAGGCUAUUCCAUGAAGCUUAUGCCGUGGCUACUCAAGAGCUUAAGACGAUGGCCGAGAGGCCAGAUGAGGCAGGGCCAAGACGUCUGUCACAGCCGGAGAGAGCAGAGAGGUACCGAAAAAUCAAGGCAUCUGUUUCUGGGAUCGAUAUCAAGGAUCGGAACGAGCCGAGCGACGCUUUGCUGGACUUGUGUGUGGGCAUCUACGAAGGGAAUCGCCUUCGCUAUGUGUCUUGGGAUCGGUGCACCUCCAAGUCCCAGGAGCUCUCGAGUGAGGUGAAGCGUGACAACAUGCUCACUGUGGAUGCCCAGGGGCGCUUGAAAGCUGAGGCUAAGGGCGAUCACAUUAAAGCUGACACGAGUUCGGAGAUUUUGCUGCAGUUCGCACUCUUGAGAAGAGGUCUUGCAUUUGAAAUGUCGAACUUGCUCGACUUUCGUUUGCAUCGCAGGUGGGCCGAAAAAUUGAUAGAGACGAGGAUGGCGGCCCAACUCGACACGCAUUCGCAAGUGUCGUUUGCCCAAUUGGAGGCGGCGGACCAGAAAUUCUUCCAGGAAUUAGCGGACAGGACUCGCGAUGGAGUCCAGGCCACCGCUGUCGGUCGCCCGUUGGACGACUGCUUUGAAGAAGUCUUCAACUUGCCAGAGGUCACACAUGUGAUGCAGCCGUUGCCUAAGCCUAGCGGUCGUGUGGAGCCGCCUCCGAAGCCACGCUGGAGCCCGUACGAUCGCCCCUCAAAGGGUGGUCGGAAAGGCAAGAGCCCAGGCACAGGCAAGAGCACACCGAGGAUGCCCAAGGAGCUUGUUGGCUGCAAGGCGUGCACCAAUCGGGGCGACCCAAUAUGUUUUGGCUACGGCUUGAAAACUUGCUCUGAGCAAGUGGGUCGAGACGAGGUGGCGGAGAUGCCAUCGGCAAUGAGUAGUGGGCAGCUCGGAGUGGGCUUGUCCAAGCGAGCGCGGUCAAGGGACCGUGCUAUUGCACAAGUUGCUGAUUCGGCCGAGGGGUCGGAUUCUGAAUCUUCGAUUUUCGCUGCUGAGCAUGUCGCUUCAGCGCCUUUGUUUUGCAAAGAUCCUGAGCAAUUUUCUGCUGCCGCAUCACUUAAGAAGCCUUUAGAUCUCAGGGAUGUUGUGACCUUGUGCGAUUUGCUGGAGAGUGAGAUUCCGGCAAGAGGGAACAAUUCUGAGGACGAGUUCAGCUGGAGCACAGGUGCGUACGUGCAUGGAGGUGUGCACGGAUGCCGACAACAUAUGCAUCAGUUUCCCGUGACUUCUGCAUUCCUUGCAAAAGUCUUCAAGGAAUACCACCCGAGGCUUCCCGUGACAACAUUGUCAUUGACUCGCAACGUGCGAACGACCUUGCAUUUGGAUGCAAACAAUGCACUGGGCUAUCUGAACGGCUUGGUUAAGAUUUCGGGGUUUAGUGGUGGGGGUUUGUGGGUCCAGGAUUCAAGCGGAAGCAUUGUGUGCCCCACCGAUCCUUCUCUUCUGGGCUCACACCUCGACUUCAGCGACUUAACUCUUGCCUUUGAUCCGCAUAAGAAGCACCUUACGUUGCCUUGGACUCAGGGCCCACGUAUCGUUCUCAUUGGUUUUGUGGUCAAAGCCCCCGCCGAGAUUCCAGACCAGGCUGCAGAGAUGCUGCUACGAGCGGGUUUCAAUCUACCUUGUCAGGAUACGGCGACUUCUCUGUGUCAGCUUGGGUCGCAUAAUACCUUCUCAGGACUGUCUUCGAGCUCCUUGGUUCCAAAGGCAAAGAGCUCCCGUGGUGCCCCUCUUGUGAUCCAACUCUGCGCCGGGUCAGGCCUUUUGUCAGCCUCCGUCAAAGCUGCAAACAUAGACACUUUGGCGGUUGAUUUUCACGGGAAUCGCACUAAGCCUUAUGUGCAUGUUGUCGGCCUCGACCUCACGCUGCCAGCCUCGUGGGAGUACUUGACGACCGUUCUUGAAAACAGACACGUUGUUCAUGUGCAUGUAACUCCCCCUUCUGGGACGACGCGACGAUCACGUGCAAAAUCGUCGCUUCGAAGUGCUUCCCACCCGUGGGGUGUGCCAGGUCAGGACUCCUCGGCUCUGGCCCGUCUACAGUCGGCCAACCGCAUUUUCAUUCAGCUGGGGGCCUUUUUGCUUCGGGCUCGUGAACUUGAGGUACCGUUCUCGCUUAUGCAUCCCAUGUCUUCCUGGCUUUGGGAGCUGCCUCCCUUCGCCGACCUGCUCAAGGUCACUUCGGAGGCGCCGGUGUAUCUGGUGUCUGACCUACACAGGAUCCAGCAUCUUCGUUUGGUGUACACCCUGUGUGACCUGUCCCCGCUUUCCGCGGCUGACAGAGCCGACGCCGUGCCAGCCAAACUCUUUUGCGAUCGUUUUGCUGCUGCCUUGUCCACUCAGGUUGCUGCCUUGGGUUUAGGCCCCUCCCCUCUUAGUCUCCCCGAGGUGCGCGCUGCGGCGCAAAACCAGCCGAAGGCGUCCAAGCUGCCUCCGCUUGUGCCAGAGUUUGCAUACACGCAGCGCUUACGGUGUGCGGGCCAUCCACCUUUGGAUGCCAAGAACCAGCUGACACAUUCGUGGAACGGCGUGCCCAAACACGCCCGCCUCCUGCGCUCUUCCGCUUCCGAAGGGGGGGCGACUGAGGAAUCCGCGCAGCAAGCGACCAACAUCUCUUUGCAGAAGCCUCGCCAUACUGAGUAUGUGUUCGGUGUGUAUCGCGAGCCGGUGCAAUUUGUGUAUCAGGCUGUCGCACUUCAGCAUCCGUUUGAUGCCGCCAGAGCUCUUCCGGACAAGCUUGUUCGUGUGCUUUUUGACACAUUGACGAAAGGUCCCUUAUGCAUCAUGCGAAACAGGUUGCUCCUGCUGCAAAAGUGGAACCAGUGGGCGAAGGACCUUCGCUCAGAUGAGGCCGCUCUCCAGGCCUCCCUUCAUCCCUCGGUACGCAAGGUUCUUCAAGGAAAGAAGCUGCUUCUUCUUGACAAGAUUGCAAAAUCUCUUGACUGGCCCGACAAGCACCUGCAUCGCGACCUAUGUGCAGGGUUCAAGUUGUCAGGAGCUCCUGAUCCUACGGGUGUUUUUGAGCCAGACCACAAGCCUGCCUUAUCUUCGGAGGAGCAAUUUUGGGACGCUGCCGAAGUUUUGAAGCAUCAGCUUUGGGCACGGGUGAGGGAGCAGCCGGCUCAGGAGUACGAUGCGGAGUUGGCCGAAAUCACGCUGGGCGAAACCGGUGUUUCUGGAGGAAAAGGGUGGCUCGAGGGUCCUUUGUCAUUCUCUGAGCUCCAGGAGCGCUUUGAAGGCCAGUGGAUGCCGUGCCGAAGGUUCGCUGUAUGGCAAAACAAGUGGAGGCCGAUCGAUGAUCUUAGCGAGUCGGGACUCAAUGCUACUUUUGGCUGCCAUGAGAAGAUUCCCCGUAGGGCUCUGGACGAGGUGGUUUGGAUUUGCACCAAGAUAAUGCAGGCUGCCUCUGCUAGGGGCGAUGUCACUUUGCAUCUGAGCUCGGGCGAAACCUUGAAAGGCAAGCUGCAUGACCAUUGGACCGACCAGGAGAAGAUCAGGCCUGUCACUACAACGUUUGAUCUUAAAUCUGCUUACAAACAACUUCCGCUCGCACCGGAGGAACAAAGUAAGGCGAUUGUGACCAUUCGACAUCCUUCACAGACCGAGCCGUCCGGCUACAUAUGCAACACUCUUCCUUUCGGAGCCUGUGGAUCUGUUCUUCACUUCAACAGAGUUUCGGCUUUGCUGAGAAGGAUUAUGCUUGAGAUGGAGAUCUUGACGGCGCUUUAUUAUGAUGACUAUCCAGUAGUGACGCCGAGCCUCCUUGGCAACAGCACGGCUGCAGCCUUUACUUCAGUGAUGCGCCUUUUGGGGUUUAGGAUUGCUGAUGAUAAGGAUAAGCCUUUUUCGACGCGCUCGGAAACUUUGGGAGUUGUCAUAGACACGUCGGCGGAAGAUAUGUCGGGCGUGUCUGUGUGCAACAAACCAUCGAGGUCGCAGGCCAUCGCCGCUGCCAUUGAGGAGAUUAUCACCAGAGGGCACGUCGCACCUCGCGAGUUGCCUUCUUUGUUCGGCAGACUUCAGUUCGCCGAGGCACAGAUCCUUGGCAGAAUGGGCAGGUUGGCGAUUCAUGAUCUCAGAAGUCUUGAGAGGUGUUCUGCUGCGCGUGUCAACCUCACAGCUCAGCAUCUUGAAGCUUUGUUGCUCUUGAAGGAGCGCGUUGUGUCCGGAGCUCCGAGAACUGUUUCAGCUUCAGCUGCGACUAGUCCUAUCGUGAUCUUCACUGACGGCUGCUUUGAGCCGGAUGCUGCAAACCCCGCCGGUGUGGGGGGGGUGAUGUUCGCUCCUUCGCUUAGUGGAGGCUUGAAGGUAAGGGCCUUUGGCUCGCUUGUUCCGAAGACGUUGCUUGAAGCUUGGCAUGCCAAGGGCAAGCGACACCUCAUAGGACAGGUUGAGAUGUUCGCUGUCAUCAUUGCCAGAUCGUGCUGGGCGAACGUCCUGGACGGUGCCAGGGUCAUUUAUUUCGUCGAUCACAGCGGGGUGCUUGCAGCUUGCAUAAGCGGAUCCUCCAAAGAAGAUACCUGGAGAAAGCUCUUGUGUGCACUCGAGAAAGCUGAUUCACUGCCUGCCUUGCAAUGGUUCAGUCGUGUUCCUUCGCACUCUAAUAUCUCUGAUGGACCAUCAAGAGGUCGAUGGGAGGGCCUUUUGAGAGCCUUCCCGGAGUGCGCGAUCGAUGAUCCUUGUUGUCCUCUGACGGGUACAGUGCUUCAGCGCUUCGUCUAA